AUGUUCCUCCAACGCACCGCCUCCGCCAUCGCCAGGCGCUCGCCCGCCCGUGCUUUCACUCUUGCUCAGCGCCCGUUCUCUUCCUCGAUCGUCCGUCGCAACGAGAAGAAGUGGGCUGUUGAGAAGGAGGGCAAGAUCCUUUCCUUCGACGAGAUCAAGUCUGAGGAUGACCUGAUCCCCCCCGGUGCCAAGCCCGGUACCAUCCCUACCGACUACCUCCAGGCUACCGGUCUUGAGCGUCUCGAGCUCAUCGGUAAGAUGCAGGGCAUCGACAUCUUCGACAUGCGUCCUCUGGAUGCCUCCCGCAAGGGAACACUUGAGAACCCCAUCAUCGUCAACGGUGCCGGUGAUGAGCAGUACGCCGGUUGCACUGGCUUCCCCGCCGACUCCCACCAGGUCAACUGGCUGACCGUCUCCCGUGAGCGCCCCAUCGAGCGCUGCAACGAGUGCGGCAACGUCGUCAAGUUGAACUACAUCGGACCCGAGGAGGACCCCCACGCCCACCACGACCACGGCCACGGCCACCCCGCCCCCGAGGAGCCCAAGACCUUUGCCGACUACGUUAAGCCCGACUACUGGUACCGGUAA